UUUUACAGCGAGUUGCCACCGCAGCUCUUCUUCUUCCAUUAAUGGUGGUUAUGCUAUUGGUUCGGAGAGAACAGAACAGUUACAGAGUUGAAGGUAGGAAGCUUCUGGUCAUGGAGAUUCCUUCACGGGAAGUGAGUUUUAUCUCCUCUCAUUCAGAAAAGGAUGGGAAGGUGAAGCACAGGAGGCAGGCAGGAGUAAGCUUUCGGUCGAUUCCGCCAUCAAACUCCAACCCCAUACAGAACAAGUCGCGGCCACACAUUGGAGGCACAGGGAAAAAGCUUGGGUGAGAGGGAUCUGAACUGAAGAGUUCAAAAAGUUGGCCUAGCUCGUCGGUGUUCUCUUUAUGCCUGUUCUUUAGGGAAAAUAUUUGCGUACAUAAGACGAAUGCAGUGAUACAUACGUCCAGGGGUUAUUCAAGAGGUACAAGAGGGUUAUAUCGGAGU